GUAGCACAUGUGGGUAUUUAAAAACAACCGACACUUCAAAAAUACGAGAUGAUGACUGCAAUGGAUUACGGCGGUUUGUUUGCGAGAAGCGGGCAGAAAGUGCAACAACUUCAAGACCAACAUCAACAGCAACGGUGUGUUCUGCAAACCCCUGUAAAAACGGCGGAAAAUGCAAGGAGACUGGUAAUAAAAGACGCAAACGGAGUAAAGACAGCAUUUUCUCGGGGUUAGUCUCCGCUUUAUUUAAACCGAAGGGGAAUUCUGGUUCCGCAGAGAACACUGGUUAUAGUUGUGAAUGUCCUGCUGGCUUUGGUGGCAGCAACUGUGAAAAAAGACAAUGCACGAUGCCUUCAAGUCCAUCUAAAACCAAAACGAUUCAGGACCGAAACAACGUAGGAGAAAGCAUUGUCUACAGGUGUUACUUUGGCUACACAGUUAUUGCUGGGGAUCUCGAGCGAAGAUGUGAAGUUCAAGGAUCGUCAACUAAAUGGACUGGGUCGGCACCAACGUGUGUCCGUAACGAGUGCUAUAGUUCCCCGUGUCAAAAUGGCAUUAAAUGUACAAACACUGCGGACGGAUAUAAGUGUUCUUGUCCUACUGGUUUUACUGGAAGAAGAUGUGACGUAAACAUUAACGAUUGUGAUCCUAACCCAUGCGGUAAAAACGGAAGAUGCCUAGACAGAGUAAAUAAGUACGUUUGCAUUUGUAAUGUUGGUUUCACUGGGAACCACUGCCAGACAAACAUUAACGAGUGCGCAUCGAAUCCGUGUAAACAUGGCACUUGCCGCGACCUUAAGGCUGCAUACGCUUGUCAUUGUGAUCAUGGGUUCACCGGUGUCCAUUGUGAAACGAAUAUAAACGAGUGUGCUUCUGGUCCUUGCAAAAAUGGAGGUGGAUGUGUUGACACAGUCAAUGGAUUCAAAUGCACCUGCCCAGCUGGGUUUACCGGUGUCCAGUGUGAAACGAAUAUAGACGAAUGUGCCUCACAACCUUGCAAAAAUGGUGGCUUUUGUACAGAUGAAGUCAACAAAUUCAAAUGUAAUUGUGUGGCGGGGUAUACGGGUGUGACCUGUGAGACAGACGUAGACGAAUGUUCUUCUACUCCUUGUAAGAACGGGGGUAAGUGCAAUGAUGCUGUUAAAGGCUACAGUUGUACUUGCCGUGGUGGAUGGACCGGUCCGUUAUGUGAGGUUGCCAUUGGCGAGUGCUCAUCUAUCCCGUGUCAACACAACGGUUUAUGUAAAGAUGAGAUUGACGGCUAUACGUGUACCUGCCAAAGUGGAUAUACUGGCAAUAACUGCCAAUUGAACAUAGAUGAAUGCAAAUCGUCGCCUUGUCAAAAUGGUGCCACAUGCAGAGACGCCGUCAACAAAUAUAGCUGUGAAUGUCUGCCUGGUUAUACUGGCUCUGAAUGCCAAACCAAUAUUGACGAAUGUGUGUCUAACCCUUGUAAGAAUGGUACAACAUGUAUUGAUGGUGUAAAUGGAUUCACGUGUUCAUGCAAACCUGGAUUUGCCGGUCUUACAUGCCAAACCAAUGUUGAUGAAUGUGCUUCUAACCCUUGCAAGAAUGGUGCAUCAUGUAUUGAUGGUGUGAAUGAAUACACGUGUGUCUGCAAACCUGGUUUUACCGACCCUACAUGUAAAAUCAAUAUCGAUGAAUGUGCAUCUAACCCUUGCAAGAAUGGGGCAAUAUGUAUUGAUGGUGUAAAUGGAUUCACAUGUAUAUGCGAACCUGGAUUUGCCGGCCUGACAUGUAAAACCAAUAUCAAUGAAUGUGCAUCUAACCCUUGCAAGAAUGGGGCAAAAUGUAUUGAUGCUGUAAAUGGAUUCACAUGUAUAUGCGAACCUGGAUUUGCCGGCCUGACAUGCCAAACCAAUGUUGACGAAUGUGCAUCUAACCCUUGUAAGAAUGGCGCGACAUGUAUUGAUGGUGUAAAUGAAUUUACUUGUUCAUGCAAACCUGGAUUUGCCGACCCUACAUGUGAAACCAAUAUCAACGAAUGUGCGUCCAACCCUUGCACGAAUGGUGCAACGUGUAUUGAUGGUGUGAAUGGGUACACAUGUUCAUGCAAAUCUGGAUUUGCCGGCCUUAUCUGCGAAACUAACGCUGAUGAAUGCCUAUCUAACCCUUGCAUGAAUGGUGCAAUGUGUAUUGAUGGCGUGAAUGAAUUUACGUGUGCAUGCAAGCCUGGAUUUGCCGGCCUGACAUGCCAAACCAAUGUUGACGAAUGUGCAUCUAACCCUUGUAAGAAUGGCGCGACAUGUAUUGAUGGUGUAAAUGAAUUUACUUGUUCAUGCAAACCUGGAUUUGCCGGCCUUACAUGUGAAACCAAUAUCAACGAAUGUGCAUCUAACCCUUGCGUGAAUGGUGCAAUGUGUAUUGAUGGCGUGAAUGAAUUUAAUUGUGCAUGCAAGCCUGGAUUUGCCGGCCUUACAUGCCAAACCAAUGUUGACGAUUGUGCGUCUAAUCCUUGCAAGAAUGGAGCAACAUGUAUUGAUGGUGUGAAUGGAUUUACAUGUGGAUGCGAACCUGGAUUUGUUGGCCCAACAUGCGAAACCAAUAUUGAUGAAUGUGCGUCUAAUCCUUGUAAGAAUGGUGCAACAUGUUUUGAUGGUAUAAAUGGAUUCACAUGCUCAUGCAAACCGGGUUUUACCGAUGCUACUUGCGAAACCAAUAUCGAUGAAUGCGCAUCUGACCCGUGUCAGAACGGAGCAUCAUGUGUAGAUGGCGUUAACAGGUAUAACUGUGUAUGUCUGGAUGGGUAUGGUGGUUCUUUAUGCGAAAUCGAUAUAAACGAAUGCGCAUCGAACCCAUGCCUCAAUGGAGGAAUGUGUGCGGAUGGCGUGAAUGGGUAUACAUGCAUGUGUCCCGCAGGGUUUUCAGGCUAUAGCUGUGAAACCAACGUUGAUGAGUGCAAAUCAAACCCUUGCCAAAAUGGCGGCAGUCGCAAAGAUGCAAUCAGUGGAUACACUUGCACCUGCCCGUCCGGUUUUACCGGAUCAAACUGCGAGACUGAUAUCUAUGAGUGUGCCUCUAAUCCGUGUAAGAACGGUCUUUGUUUCGAUGGAAUAAACAGCUUCACUUGUAUGUGUGGUUCUGGUUUUGCUGGUCCAACCUGCGAAAUCAACAUAAACGAAUGUGCCUCCAACCCUUGUAAGAACGGCGCAACUUGCACUGACGAUAUUGGCAGGUACAAAUGCAAUUGUUUAGCGGGAUAUAUUGGUUUGCAUUGUGAAUUCAAUGUCAAUGAAUGUUCAUCUAAUCCCUGUGGUAGCGGGGGAACCUGCUUGGAUGGUGUAAACGGAUACGCGUGCAUAUGUCCAGUUGGUUAUACAGGGACUAACUGCCAGACAAACGUCGAUGAAUGUGCAUCCAACCCGUGCUUAAAUGAUGGUACUUGUGUGGAUAAGGUGGGCGGAUACACGUGUAUUUGUCCUCUUGGUUACAGUGGAGACACGUGUGGAGUAUUACUAACUACCAGUACCACCACGACUCUGCCCACCACGACGGUUACAAAGGAUCCUUGCAAUCCGAACCCUUGCCCAGAAAAAGAACCCGGACAACCAAUUAAUUGUCAACCCUCUAACGGGGGCUAUGAGUGUAUUCGGCCCAAUGACUACUGCUUGGUGAACAACACCUUGUACAAAAAUAUGGAAACCUGGGAAAUCGGAUGUGAGAAAACUUGUCAUUGUAUCAAGGCUUCAGUGAACUUCUAUUACUGUGAACCUAAUGGAGACACGUGUGGAGUAUUGCUAACUACCAGUGCCAGUGCCACUAAGAUUCUGCCCACCACGACGGUUACAAAGACGACAAAGGAUCCUUGCCAUCCGAACCCAUGCCCAGAAAAAGAACCAGGACAACCAAUGAUGUGCCAACCUUUUAACGGGGGCUAUGGAUGUAUUCCACCCAAUGGAAGUACAUCUACAACAGCGCCAUGUUCUGCAAAUCCCUGCAAAAGCGGCGCGCAAUGUAAGGAGACUGAUUAUGGCGCUACCGGUACGUUUAAAAACCAGCUCGGUGACUUCAAAUGUAUAUGUCCUCCAUUUUACACUGGCAAGUAUUGUGAAAACCUAAUCGAUUUCUGUCAGUCCAACCCAUGUCAGCAUGGGUCCACUUGCGCUCCGAAGCUUGGGGGCUACAACUGCACCUGUCCACCCACCCACAAGGGAACCCAUUGCCAAACCCGUGUCAACCCUUGCACCAGCUCCCCCUGUCUUCAUGGCGGACGCUGUAUCACACAGCUCGAUGGGACCUUCAAUUGCACGUGCCCUAAGUUGUGGACCGGGACCCGCUGUGAGCGAUGCCUGUGUAAGAACGGAGGUAGAUGUGACUACAGUCCCACUGACGGCCACGUGUGUCGCUGCCAAGCUGGGUUCAUCGGGAAGAAGUGUGAGACUGAGGAAAAUGAGUGCAACAGCUAUCCAUGCUUGUAUGGCACAUGUAUUGACUUGGUUAACGAUUAUAAAUGUGCCUGUGACCCUGGCUACACAGGCAAAGACUGUAACGUCAAGUCUGGCAGUUUGAUUGGGUAAAAUAUUGGAAGAGUUAAAUACCCUUUUCACCUCGAGCGGUACACUUUUCUGUAUGAUACUAUUUUGAAAGUGUGUCAACUAUGUAGUCAUGCAGGCAGUAACGUAAGAUAGAUCGCCUAUAGGGUAUUGUAACCUUUAUUGCCAUCGAUACCGAAAAUGAUGUUUUCCUGCAUCUAAUAAAUCAGUA